AAUUGCUUAUUAUAUAUUUAUAUAUUAUAUAUAUAGUAUUAAGGGGUUCGGAGUUUGACGUUUCUGCUGUCUCUGCCUCGCAGUUCAUCGCUGAUCUUUUCCCUCUUUUGCCGCUUUGUAAACCGUUAAAAAAUAGAAACCAACUCCCUGAAGCUCCCCCUCUCUCUGGCGUUCAACCACCUUUAUAAUCCAUUUUCCAUCAAAUCCUUCUUUCAUUAAGGGUAGCCUCCACCGAUUUAGGCCAUGCUCCGCCGGAAGCUUGGAUUCCCCGAGCAGAUUUUAUCGCCGAGGAGAAGACUUGUUCCUGGGUUUGGUCUUGGCAUUGCCGUUCCUCUCAUUGUUGUCGGCUUUCUUUGGCUCUACACUUCUUCUCAUGUCAAUUUCUUCUUCUCUCUUUCUAAUCGCCCCACAUCCGUGGCUUCCCUCUUUUCUUCCUUGUCUCUCCCCUUUUCUGAUCUAACUGCUAAUUCUUCCCAGCUGGGGACCUAUGAUGGCGACACACCAACCCUUGUGCCUGUUCCUCCCCAUAUGGCGUCAUUGGUUCAGCCACUUGCCAAUGGGAGCUUGCAACUUAACACCCAUUCGCCAAAUAGCUCCAAAAUUUGGAAUGCAACUUUGCCCCUUGAAUCCAAAAAUGUUACUGGAAAUGGAACAAUUUCUAGCCUAGCAAAGUUGGACACCCAGAAGAUAACUGCAGAUAAUUUACCGUGUAACACCACGUCUUUGAACAACAAUACUACUCAAUACCAGAAAAAGAACAAUCAUUCUUCCAAUGCUGAGGACAAGAGACCGUCCGAAGGUGAUGGUGGGUCUCAACCAGUGGCAACAUCAAAUAACAGUUUUGAUGAGGAAUGUGAUAUCUUCGAUGGUGGAUGGGUGAGGGAUGAUUCGAAGCCAUAUUAUCCUAAGGGUUCUUGCCCUUACAUCGACAGGGACUUUGAUUGUCAUCUUAAUAAGAGGCCAGACGAUGGAUAUUUGAAAUGGAAAUGGCAGCCAAAUGGGUGUAACAUUCCAAGUCUGAACGCAACACAUUUUCUAGAGGUGUUGAGGGGAAAGAGUUUGGUGUUUGUUGGGGAUUCAUUGAAUAGGAACAUGUGGGAGUCUCUGGUGUGCAUUCUUCGUCAUAGUAUAAGCGACAAGAAAAGAGUGUAUGAGAUAUCUGGAAGGACAGAGUUCAAGAAGAAGGGCUUCUACGCCUUCCGGUUCGAGGACUAUAACUGUUCUGUGGAUUUUGUUAGUUCUUCAUUCCUAGUUAGGGAGUCUUCAUUCAAAAGAAAGAAUGGAACCAUCGAGACAUUAAGAUUGGAUCAAAUGGACCCAACCACCCAAAUGUAUAAGGAUGCCGAUGUUUUGGUGUUUAAUACAGGCCAUUGGUGGACUCAUGAAAAAACAUCGAGAGGAGAAGACUAUUACCAAGAAGGUAACCAUGUGCACCCAAGACUGAAGGUGUUGGACGCGUUUAAGAGGGCUCUCACCACUUGGGGUCGAUGGGUCGACAACAAUGUUGAUAGAAAUCGAACUCUGGUUUUCUUCAGAGGGUAUUCAUAUUCUCAUUUCAGUGGUGGGCAAUGGAACUCCGGAGGGCAAUGCAGCGGUGAAACAGAACCAAUAUAUAACAAAACACAGUUGGGGAAGUACCCUAAGAAAAUGAGGGCUGUGGAGUCUGUGAUUCAGGAGAUGAAAACGCCAGUGUGGUACUUAAACAUCACCAGGCUCACUCAUUAUCGGAAGGAUGCACACCCUUCAAUUUAUAGAAUGAAGUACAAGACAGAAGCAGAAAAACGUGCCGGUCUCCGGGUUCAAGAUUGCAGCCAUUGGUGCUUGCCCGGCGUACCCGAUACUUGGAACGAGCUGCUUUAUGCCUCCCUUUUAAGGAUGGCGAACAGAUAUUGGAGCAACUAAGCAAGUUUUAUAUGGAUCAAAUACUGUUUAAUCGUUUAGGGUGUGAGCAGCAGAAUGGUACAUGGCUACAACUACAGUUGAGUGAUAGAUUACCUGAGGCGUGCAAAUGUAGAGCAACAAUAAUGAUGUAUGUAUUCUAUAAUUCCAAAUCGUCCGAAAUAGAAAUGGAUUUUUUUUAUUCAUUAACUUGUAGGUCAUAA